GUUCAUAAGUUAGCAUUUAUAAAAGUCUGAACAUUUAGCAGAAGCACUGAGUUAAAGCUGAAGUCGCUGAUUUAACAACGAGUUAUAUCUAAAAGUAAUUUCAUCAGAUUGUAAAACCUAAAAGUCAAAAGUCUGGACAUGCAAGCUGCGUUUCCAUUAGUUUUUCACAAAAUAAAAGCGAUAUUUCCGAAAUUUCGAUAUUGUCCGUGGUAUUUUGCGAAUGAGCUGUAACUCUCGUCAAGUCUCGCGAUAUCCCGUAAUCGUCUCAUUCAGAGAGGACUUCAAGUUAACUGGUCACAUGACCCCCUGGGUCACCUCCAGUGAUGAGGAUAUGCAAAAAAAAAAAAAAAAUGUUUUCAUUGCACGUUUGCGAUUAACUUUUAUACCGAUACCUCGUGAGAGAGUAAAAGUUUAAACUCUAGAAAUGUAGGUGUUUCCGUUCCGUGUAGGUUUUGCGCAUUUCAAAGGGUAAUGGAAACAGCAACAGUAUGUUCAAAAUUUUUGACUGCUAGUGUGUAUGGGCAUGUAUUUUUUCCAAUUAAAAUUACAUAAAAUCCACACAAAAAUUCAACCAAACUUAAGCAUGCCCGAGGAAGAAGAAAAAAUAAUUUUAUGGCCAAAAAAAAUGUCACGAUAACAUCAACAACAGUGUAAAUAGUAAACGGCAAAAUCCAGGAAAUGCAUCUUUAACUUUAUGUCUUUUUUUUUUUUUUGCUCUUUUGGGUGAUGAAUUACACUCAAAAUAAAACACUGUGUUCAAGUGGCAUUGGAUCAUUUACAUAAGAGGUCUUCAACGUUUGUUAGGCCAAGGAGUAGUAGCAGUAGGAACCCCCUACCUACUAUAUGUGCUCUGUUAAACUCAGCCUAGUGCUACUUAUAAAUAUACGUUAGUAUUAUUAUCGUUUUGCAUAUUAAGCUAUUCACAUAGUACACAGGUUCAAACGUGUAACUGCAGCAACUGCUGUAAGCCUGAGCAUACCUGAUGUAAACAUUGCGGCGUGGCCUGGGAUUUCACCUGGGGACUGUGACGUGUAUUGUGCGGCCUCCUGAUUGGCGCAGCAGCGAUAAGGGCGGGGCCUACUGUGUACUUAGAUUGACAGGUCAGGAGGAGUGUGGAGCUCUGUGUGAAACGUGAGCUGAUUGAGACAACGUCUUCUGCCUCCUUUUAUCCCUUAACUAAAAUAUGUUGGACUCAUGUUAAUGUGUAUUUAAAUUUAAUGUAUUUAUUUAUUUAUUUAUUUAUUUUUUAACUAGAACCCGAGAAAAAUUGUUCCGCCGCUUGUUCCUUGUAGCGUGCUGAUUGAUGAUACUACGGCAAACGCAAAUAUUUCAUUGGAUUUGAAAAUGCAUCAGUUUCAAAAUUAUAGUCGUUCUGACAAAAGCUUAAAAGGAAGCGUCAACAUUUCUUAUACUUAGGCCGAAACACCUCAUCUAAUCUGGUCUUCGUGGGAAUCGAUGUAUCUACACUUCUUUGCAGAUGACGCCAUUCUCGUCACAGAUUCUCUCCUCAGCUCUCUUUAUACCAGGAUUUCGCACCGACAGCAGUACACCUAGUCCACCCGUGGGUUUUGGGUCAUCCUCAUUAAUGUAUAUUCUCCGACAGGCUGCAUGGAGGCGAUAGGUGCUAUUGUUUCCAUCCUCUUUUUUUGUGGAACAUGUGCCAGCAGAUAAUUAGUGAUGUCGGUUGUGUUGUUAAAAGACAGUUUAGGAAAGCAGAAGGGAACAGAAAUCACCCAAAUUGAUUAUAGUGAGAAAGAACAGAACAUUUUUCUUUUUCUUUUUUUACAGAACCUUUGCGAAAUCUUCAUUCAAAAAAAGAAAUAGUUAUGAACCCCUAACAUAUCCCUAUAUCUCCAUAUACCCCAUAUCCCUGACAAAAUAAAUAAAUAGAAUAAGAACAUUUUGCAUGACAUAUACCUUAAUGCAUAAAUGCCAACUUAUUUCUCUCAUUUGUAUUGGGUUACUUUUAAAACAGCUAUUAAAUGAGAAUGUUUCCAAUAGUCCCUAAAAAUCUCUACAUCUACUCUCAAUAGUGACACCUGCUGGCGAGAUUGUGCUACAACUGAAGUCAGUUUAAACCCCUUUUUCAAGAGUUUUCAACAACUUCUUUGUGGUUAAAAAAUGUUCCAAAUACAGGAAGAGAACAAAACAUUUCACAACAUUUAAAAUGUUUCUCUUUGGAUGUUUUGCCACUACGUUCUUAAUCUCUAUACCUUAAUAAUGCCAUUCACCUUAAAUUUUAUUGUAGGUUUACUGGGGGCUCUUUCUCUUCCCCCCCAGGCCUGGGGGAAGCCUGGGGCCCAGGUCGACACAUGUAAAGAAAGGAAUAAAUAACGAGCCUUGAUUAACUGUAAAUAACUCCCGACAUGGGUCUGCAACAACACCUGGCUCCGCAUUUGCAUCUGAAUGGGAGGCAGCUCCGAAAAGCUAAUGCGUAAAUACCCCUUAUCACAACACCAUUAUGCACAGUUUGGUUUUGGUAAAUCUUUAUCUGCUGAGCGGCGAAUCUUGCGUGUCAAGUCCCCAGUGUAUUUCGAGGUAUAGUUUAAAGAGGACCUUUGGCUGAGUCUCGCCAACUGUUUAUGCGCUCUGGUGCUGGCCCGAGGAGAGGCUUACUGGAGGUUUCUGUGGGGAGAAGAGGGGAGCCAGACAGGCGACAGUCAGCGCUGUCUUGGCCUCAGGGCAGAGGCAGAGAACGAGCAGGCGAGCCAAUGAGAGGGAGACAUCCACUCCUCUCUGUCCUGCCCGGCUUGGCUCAGCUCGGCGCGCCCUGUAAUUAGGAGCUCUAGUUGGGUUGGGCGCCGCCACGGUGGACAGCCUGGCUGCUGCGUCAAGGGAGUUUGGGAACGCUCGCUCAAAGCCCGUGUGAGGAUCUCGGAACGCUCCAGCUUUAGAGUUUUAGAGCAACAGGAAAGACGCCUGACAAUGAACGGGCAACCGUCACCCGUGUACGAGGAGAAGAAGCCUUCCCUUCCCCUGGCCGGGAGCUCCAUCUCGGCUACCAAGGACUCCCCGACCCUGCCCGAGUCCUCAUCCACGGAUUUGGGCUUCUUCAGCGGCCACGGCGCGCUCCACGGCUCGCAGGAUUUCUACUCGACGCAGCAGUCGUACUCGGCUCAGCACAUGAACCCGUACGCGUACCACCACUAUAACUUGAACGGGAUGGGUGCCGGCGGCGCGUACUCGGUUGGCAAGGCGGAGUACCCGUACCCCCACGCGGCGUACAGAGACCACGGCGCAUUCAGCAGGGAGGUUCAGUCGGCGCUGCAAGAUGUGAAAGAGGAACCAGACGUGGAGGUCCGCAUGGUCAACGGGAAGCCCAAGAAGGUGCGCAAGCCCAGGACCAUCUACUCCAGCUACCAGCUCGCGGUGCUGCAGAGGAGGUUCCAGUCGGCCCAGUAUCUGGCCCUCCCAGAGCGGGCCGAGCUGGCCGCACAGCUGGGCCUCACGCAGACACAGGUCAAAAUCUGGUUCCAGAACCGCCGCUCCAAGUUCAAGAAGCUCUACAAGAACGGAGAGUUUCCACUUGGGGACAUCCCUCUCGAACACAGCCCGGAUGCGAGCGAUUCCAUGGCCUGCAACUCUCCUCCAUCCCCGGCCGUGUGGGAAAACACCAACAGCAACGGCAACAACACGAGCAACAGCAGCAGCGGCGGCGGCGGCGGCAACAGCAACACAAACAGCAACAGCAUCAAGAAUAAUGCAAUUCUCGAUCCUACCAUCAGGGGGCAGGGUCCCUACCAGCCCCAGGUGGAAUCCUCCCCGGCUUACAUGGAGGAGUACACGCACCAGAACUGGUACCAGCAGCAGGGCGCACAUUUAGGUCUUCCACAGUCAGGCCAGACUCACCACGCGCCGCCGACGGCACCGACGGCCGCACAGAGUAUGGGAGCCGUCUACUGACGCAGGAAGACUGACUCUCAGUAUCAUUUCAACGAGCCUCGGAGCCCUUAAACAUUUUUUUCCCCCCCCCACUCUGGAUGAUUCAUAGCUCUGCUGUGACCCAGAGACAUCUGAUAGCGAUCAUCCGACACGAGUCAUGACACAUGUUAUAAAACAGUCUACAAAUGUGGAUUGAAAACGAGCGUCGGCCUCGGUCACCCCCCCCCCACACUCCCUACCCCCACCCUCUCCGUCUCUACAGCUCCCAAGUUUGUGAGCUCAAGACUUUGCGGAGUUUGGGGUGAUUGAAGGUUGUUUUUUUUUCAGUGAUGAGACUGACACAAACAUUUUUAUUUGAAAUCACCGUUAGCAGAUAGCGUUCUGUAUAUUUAAUAUUUGAGAUAUGAACAUAUUUAUGCCUAAAACUGAAUUAUCCAGUCUUUCCCUUUUGAAAAGAGCCUUUGACGUGGACUUUUUUUUUUUUUCUUACACUAAAACUACUGAAAGUCUCCCAAUGUUUAAAUGCCCACCACACCUGCACGGGAAACUUGCACAUGUAAGGCUUUAAAAAAAAAAAAAAAAAUCAUGUUAAAGGUGGACAACAUUAAAAGGUUGAUAACCUUUUAAAAUAUAACAUCAGCCCAACAGCGUGUACAGUUUUCACAUGAGAAUUUGCAAAAUACAACAACACAACACAAGCAGGCAGGUAUUUAUUUUCUUUCUUUUUUUUUUUUUUUCUGCAAACAGAUACCAGAUACAAACGACACCAUUCUGGAUGUUUGUUUCCAGUUUGUGCGCUAAGCUAACUCGCUACUGACUGUUGCUACAGCCUUAGCGAGCAAACAAGUGGAACCAACUGGUUGGAACCAGCAAUUCGAGGGCUAGGAUCGGUGCUACUAGCGCAACACGCCCAAAUUCCCUGCCAUGCUGCUGGCGGUUGAGUCCCAUUGUGGGUAGCAUGGGCGCCAGGCGUUUUGAAAGAGAGGAAUGUUGCUGACUUAGCUGGUUCUGCCGUCUAUCAUGAGAACAACACUGUUAUGGUCAUGAAAUGCUGGAUCAAUAAAAGUCCCUUCAGACAAGUCUCGCCACUUGGCAGCCAUCUUGACAUCACUCGUGGGUAGUUAUUUUGAGCUAACGAGCUAACGAGCUGUAUCUAAACGAAUGGGGAAAGAGCCCUUUCAACAAGUUAGGCUUUUACAAGGUUUCAGAACACUAUAUUAAUCUGAUCCAAUUUUACUUUGUCUGCGAGGAGGAAACCAAAACAACUAGCCAAAUGAGGCUAAAAAAGGAGAAUACAUGCUAAAAAAACAAAACAAAUUGUAGCUGCUAUUUUCUUUUUUUACACUUAAAAUUGAUAAAAUUAUUAUACAUAAUGUGAAAGGGUUCACACUUUUGGGCAAAUCUAGGUUGAUUACCUUCAGAUAGCACAAGGAUAGCUUCCUGUUAUCUGUCUUUGAGCUGAGCUAGGCUAAGCUAAGCUAACCAGCUGUCGGCUGUGGCUACUUGCAGCAUCAAACGCCUCAUCGCAAUCUGCUCGUCUCGGCGUGAGUCCAGCGGCUCGAGGCAGCAUUAGGUGCCGCUAGCAAAACAUGCACAAGAACUCCAGCCAGACUCGCUGUCCGAGUCUCCCUGCGGUUCACUUUGGCGCCAGGCUUUGAUGAAGAAGAAUGCACGAAAUCAAAAGGGAAUUAUUUCUGAUUUCACAGCAUUACUUUUGUUUUCAUAAGUGCAACAAAACGCCAAGACAACUGACAGGUGAUGAAUCACUGCUGUAAAAAUACCUUUGAAAUGUUGGCUCGUGGCCACCUUUGGUUUGGACAAUGACACUAUGACGGAAGAAAAGGAAAACGGCAAAUCGGUUUCAUCUUUUGGGUUGUUUCAUCUUUUUUCCUUUUUCCUCUUUUGUCGUACAACUACAAAAGAAAGUGACCUUUUUACUCCCUGCACAAAGACGCUGUACGUUUCUGACUGCCCUAAUUAAAAAAAAAAAAAAAAGAUAUGCAAAGAACGAAAGUUAAGUUGGUGCUAAAACAUGCAUUUGACAAAUAAAUUGUACAUAUUCUAUUAACGUGUGCUGUACUCAGGAUUGUUAUUUAUAGAGUCAACUGUAGAUAUGAAGUAGCACAAUAGUUGGUGCCUUUUUUUGGAGCAUUUUUUUUUUUUUUAGUACAAUAAAAAUAAACUGUAUUUUGUUUAUGUCAA